AUGUCUUUCAAGCUCUCCGCUGCCGUUGUUCUCGGUCCCAUUGCUUCCCCGUCUGUCGUCUCUGCCCACCAGACAUGGCACGUCACCCCCAAUCUCACGUUCUGCAUCUACCUGACUGAUUGCGGCGAGUUCGGGUUCUACGGCCCCGACAACUUCUGCCUCGGCGGCUGCAACCCCCUUGGGUCGAAACCGCUCACGUCCUACAUGCCGGAGCCCGCCUGCCAGAGUGCCAACGAGCUCCUCUUUGAGGGCAUGUACGUCGUCAUUGACCCUGAUGGCCGCCGCCCGGACUUCCCGGUCGAAUGCUAG